AUGAACUUCGUUCGGCUAGCAUUGUUUCUCGCGCUUUUUCAAAUAGUCAAUGGCAACGCAACGAGUUCAAAGUCCUUGUGGGAUGACGACGAGGAGGAGCAAUCUAAGAAACCCAUAUUCCGCAUCCAUCAUAUCAACAUCUUCGGGGACUCCCGCUAUAUGAAGGCGUUGUCCUACAUCGACGAAAGUCGCACCCAAUUUGGUCUCACGGUUUCGCUUCGCGAAGAGUUGGGCAGCAAUUUCCUGACCUUCAAUAUAAAGCUGAGGGCGCGACCGGCUGGAAGGGUGAUUUUCGUGACCCUGUUCCAGUUGAGAGAUCUGGAUUUGUGCGGAUUCUUCGCCGAGUUCUCCGGCAAUCCCCUGAUAAAGCACUUCCUCCAGUCGGAGAUGCAACUGAGUGAUAUCAUUGCAUGUCCUGUCCGCGUGGGGAACUACACGCUGAAGAAUAUGAGUGCCAAGGACGUUUACCCGCCGAUUUUGCAGAACGGCACCUACAAGUUCUUCGUGGAGGUGAUUGAGGCAACGUCCGAGAAAGUCUUUGCCCUGCAGGUGACCACCGAGAUCCAUGUUCCAAGUGCCCCCGAAUAA